AUGGAAAUCUCCUUAACAGCCACAAUUUUUAGUUUUUUUGGAUGGAAUGUUUACUUAUUAAUAAAAAAAUAUAGAGAAAGAAUGAGAUAAAAUUAUUUGCAAAAUUUAAUUGAUUAAGAAUCUGAUUAUCUUAUAAAGAAUGUAGCUCCAUACAAAAAAAUAAAGGUCAACGGAGAAAUACAAACAAUUGUCAAAAAAACUAAUUCAGAAGAAACAGAAUCAAGUUCAAAUGAUUUUGAUCUAAUUUAAUAUAAAAGAAGAAAAACUAUUUUAGAGGAAGUAAAAUUAGAAAAAUUUUAAGAGCAAACUUAUAUUGAAAAUAUAAAAUCUUUAGAGAUGUUGAAUUUACCUAAAAGAAAAGAUCGAAAAAUUAAUCAAAGUAAUAAAGAUUUCUCAUUUACAAAUUAGAACUAAGAAAUUAAAGAAGUAAAAAGAUUUAGAAAAAAUUCUAAAAUUAUUAUGGAUGAUUCUUUACCAAAUGAACAAACUAUUUAAAAUAUUAUUUCAGAAUAAAGAAUGAAUUAAUUUGAUUCUUCAAACCUCAAUGAUUAAUUUGUAAUUUUAGACUCUCAAUAAGAAUUAGAGAAAUAUGAUCUCAAUUUAAUUCCUUAAACAGAGUAGAAUUAAGAUAAUUAAAGCCUUGUAACAAAAUAAAAUAGUUCAUUAUAAUUUCAAUUGUAAUAAUAGCUAAAACCUAUUGAAUAAAUAACAGAAAAACUUAAUUAAAAUAAAUUAGAAGAACCUCAAAAUAUUUUUGCUAAGUUCAUAACUUAGCCAAAAUCUUAAUAAGAUUAAUAAAAAGAUUAGAAAAAAUAAUAAUCUCCUUAAGCAUUAUAAUAGUAGCCAUUAUAAAAUAAUAUUGGAUUAUUUUCAAAUGAAUUAAAAAUAGCCAAUACAAGUUAAUUUUAGUAGAAAAAUGAAUAACCAAUAUUAUUUUAAUUUAAUAAAGUCUCACAAAAUCAAAACAAUACCUGUUAAUUAGUAAUUAAUUAAUAAACAGUUGAUUAAUAAUAAUAAAAUCAAGAGGAAGAUUAAUAUGAGCUAUAGAAAAUGAAUCUUUUUAUAAAAAAUUAAGAUAGUAUGAAUUAAAAUUCAAUUAAAAAUGACACAAAUUAAUCUAGUAUAUUUUAAAAUAAAGUAUCUUCAGAUUUGACAUUUGGAAAUAAUACAAAUAAUCAAACAAAUUCUCAAAUAGGUUUAUUUGGCGGAUUAUUAGCAAAUAUAACAAAUUCAACAAUUAAAUCUCAAGAUUAAACAAACAAUUAAUAAAAUUUAUUUUAAAUACCUCCUCAAUAAACUUAAAGUAAUAUAGUUGAAUAAUAAACAAAACCUGGAACAUCUUUAUUUGGCAAUAUAAUAUUUUCUUUUUAAUAAUAACCAUAAGAAUAAAGCCAGUAAAAUUAAGUAGGAGGACUUUUUAAUUUUAGUUCAAAUAAUUAAACUGGAAGUGGCUUAUUCUCAAAUUUAUAAAAGAACUGA